AUGUGGCUGCAGAACCUGCUUCUCCUUGGCACUGUGGUUUCUAGCAUCUGUGCACCCGCUGACCUGCUCAGCCCUGUCACCAGGCCCUGGAAGCACAUGGAUGCCACCAUCAAGGAAGCCAUGAGCCUCCUGAACCACAGCAGUGACCCAGCUGCUGUGAUGAAUGAAUCCGUAGAAGUUGUCUAUGACGAGUUUACGUUCCAGGAGCCGGUUUGCCUGCAGACCCGCCUGAAGCUGUUCGAGAAGGGCCUGCGUGGCAGCGUGGCCAGGCUCAAGGGCUCCUUGACCAUGUUGGCCAGAUACUACAAGCAGCACUGCCCGCCAACCCCAGAAACUUCCUGUAUGACCCAGAUGGUCACCUUCAAAAGAUUCAAAGAGAUCCUCAAGGGCUUUUUGUUUGACAUCACUUUGAACUGCUGGGAGCCAAUGGAGGAGUGAGGCGGCCAGGCCAGCCCUGGAGUUCACCAUGAGCAUGCCGCAGCCUCACCUGGAAAGAGGCAGAAACUCAAGACCUUCCCUCGAGGGACCAAAGGGGCG